AUGACUAACGACACUGCAGACACAAUGCCAUCUCCGGCAUCACUCACUGACACCACCGACCUAGCACCGCCCACACCAGCUCCCGAGGCAGCUUCCGAGACAGUCUCCGAGAACACCAAUCCAGCCGAGAAUGACAGUAACCCAGCACAGACGAACGGAACUUCCAACAAUGGCACCCCCACAAAUCAGACAGUACCAGAACCAGCCAACAACGUCCCCAACUGGACCAUCGAAAGCGAACCCCUCGCGAUACAACCUCACGAGCAAAGGGACGAGAUCAUUCGCCAGGUCGAGUUCUACUUCAGCGAUGAGAACCUACCUCACGAUGCUCACUUGCUCAGCAAGGCAGGCGAGUAUGGCGAUGGCUGGGUAUCGCUCAGCACCAUCAUGGGCUUCAGGAAGAUGAAGCAAUACAAGCCAGCGGCGCGCGUCAAGGCUGCACUCUCUCUGCCAAACGAUACCUUCGUGGUCUGGAAGAAUAAGCUCAUUCGUCGGAAGCAGCCAUUGCAGAAAAGCGUGGUGGUCGUACCAAAGGUUAAUCCGAGUCUGGAGCGAAAUGCGCAGAUGGUCGAGAAGCCAUGGAUGACGAAGGCAAUGUUCAAGCCCACUGGGUUCGAGAAGGACUUUGUCGAGGGUCCUAUCACUCCCGCCGAUCACGAAACAGAGCGCAGACUGUUCGAUCCGGAAGAAGCCUUCACAGAGCGCAUCCAGCACGCUGUCACUCGUUACACCUCGAAGCGCAAGAUGCACCAGAACACUGCCAAGAUCUUCGGGUCCUUCAUCAUGUUCGGCGGCUUCGCCGGAGGGCAAGCCAUGUUCACAGGUGGUCUCAGCAAGACUGAUCUCGAGGAUUACGACAAGGAUCAGAUUGAGGCUAUGAAAGCACGAUACGCUGUAUCGGAGGCCGUUCUUGAUGGAAUCUACGAAGAUCAAGAAGGCGGUGCGACCUGGGUCGUCGACUUUGAGGCUGUAGCCAAAUCCUACCUGUCGAUAGAGUUCAUGGCAGCCUACAACUGGAAGGAUCAGAAGGCGGUUGACGAGACAACAAACAUCAUGGUCAAUUUCUACAACUACCUCAUCUAUCACGACGUAUGCCCAGAAUACGAAGAACGGGUCAUGAAGGCUCGCGACAUCUGCGUUCUAGCUGGCGAAGAGCUCAUCAAGCUGGCGGAGGUUGACAAUCUCCUGCCCGGCCAGUUCAAUAUUGCCUGCUCAACUCUCUACGACGGCUACUACAAGGAAAUGCGACCAGUCGACCCCAACGCAGAGUGGUUGCAUCCGGACGACUUCAAAGGCAUCUCUGUCGCGGACGCCACAAAGAUCUUGAGCGCAGCCAUAAUGGCCUGGGGCACAUCCGAGCAAGUCGCAGCCUACGCGACUGCCACACAGCAAGGCAAGCUGCUGGAAAUCACCUCCGAGGAUGAGAUAGGCCUCGAAAUAGUCAGCGUCGAGAUGUCCAGCGGAGAAGGCAAGGAGCUCUACGACAGACUCAAGAACACUACUGCGAGGCCACUGGGCAAGCUGCACUGCGUUCAGUGGGAAAUGCCAGGUGCUGGUCCCAAAGACCUACCAGCUCAUGUCACCAAGCAGCAAAAGGCCAAGAUCGGCAGCCAGCACCAGCUCCUUGUGGACGAAGCCACUCUUUGCUUCUGCUAUCCAGGCCUCAAGAUCGAAGCUUUGGUGAAGACGCUCAGCAAUGGCAUCGAGUUCGUCGACCAUUACAAGCACGCCUACCCAAGCUUCUAUACCUGGACGCUCAACGACCGUAUUCGAGACUGGAAGGAACCAGGACCGCCGAAGGCUUGGAUGCAACGUCAAAACGCGAAGAAGGGCGUGAAGGGUAAGGAGAUGGUUCGUCGUGAGGACGAGGAGGAGCAGAACACACCAGAUUGA